AUGUCUGACCACGAGGACCACACUUUCGAUACUGGAUACAGCACGCCUGUUCCUGAGCUCGAUGACCACAGACACCAAUCGGCAUCCAUCCAGAAGUCACAAUCUAGACGUGGCACUGUUGACACGGUUCAUAGCGUCAAUUUCCGCGCCGGCCAGCGUCCCGAACUGUCCCUCGUUAACCGAGGACUACUACACACGGGUGCCAGGGACUUUGAAGAAGCGGUAAUGGAUGACGAGGACGAUACCGGGAUCUCCCCCGGUGCUGACCGCCAUGGAGGCAAUGGUAGAGGCCGCCGUGGGACGGUGGAUACCAUCGACCCACGAUCAAUCUCGCCGCCCAAUUCGGUCAAGGCCUUCGCUGACGCCCGUCACCGCGAGCGGGAGCGGGAGCUCUCCGCGUCUGACCCGAGUUCUGUCAAGGCUUUUGCUGAAGCCCGACGUCAGGAUGAUUAUGACCUCCGCCGGACUAUCUCUGGUGCUAGCCACCGCAGCGGUCGGAGCAGACUCUUUACCCGCAAUGACGAUGCGAAAAGUUUUGUGGGGUCUGUGAAGUCUGAAGCUGAAGAAGAUGUCUGCUUUCCACUUCAUGCAAUAGGAAACAAGAACAACCUCCAGAUUGAUUUCGAGGCUCUGGAGGACUUUAUUGCUGAAGAAGCGGCUCGCGAGAAGACGCAGCCCCAGACGCGUGUAUUCCCUGAUCUUCGCAAGCCGAAAGCUACUCAUCCUUCGACGGUGGCAACCGCGGAUGGUGAUUUUACCCAGGUCAUAUCUGAUGACUACUCUUCACUGAGUGAAAAGGAAGCCGAAACUGUCUUAGACGAGCAUGCAGAGCCGAAUAUCAAUGGUAAUGAUAUCAACCGGUUCGAGUUCUUUUCUACACAAGGAGAAGCUACCAUCCAUGCUGCGGAAUUUGGAGAUCUCAUCUUGCCUGGAGAGGCUGUGAGCAACCUCUUCACAUUCCCCCCAGGCGAAGAGGAAGAGGAGGGUGUCUGGUGGUUGAAUAUGAACAACCCAACUGAGGAUGAAAUCCGUGCCAUUUGCAAGGCAUUCGGGGUCCAUCCGCUCACGAUCGAAGAUAUUGGAACUCAAGAAUCCCGGGAGAAGAUCGAGCUCUUCCCAUCUUACUACUUUGCUUGCUUCCGCUCCUUCCACGUCAAGCAAAUAGACAAAGGACAGCAAUACGAGCCGUUCAACAUCUACGUGGUUGUUUUCCGCGAGGGCACUCUGAGUUUCAGUUUCUACCCGAAUCCUCAUGCUGGUCAAGUUCGAAAGAGAAUCACGAUGCUGAAAGAUUAUGUGGCCCUAAGCAGCGACUGGAUCUGCUACGCUUUGAUUGACGACAUCGUUGACUCAUUUGCCCCUGUUAUUACCAGGAUUGAGCAUGAGACUGACAGCAUCGAAGAUGGAGUUUUUGUUGCUCGCCAAGAUGACAUGCAUUUUUUCCUCCAAAGAAUUGGCAUGGUUCGCAAAAAUGUCAUGGGCCUCAUGAAGCUCUUAGGCGGCAAAGCCGACGUCCUCAAGGGAUUCACAAAGAGAUGCAACGCAAACUACAAGGUCACUCCUCGUAUGGAUAUCGGACUCUAUCUUGGUGAUAUCCAGGAUCACGUCGUCACCAUGAUGACCAGCUUGGCUCAUUUCGAAAAGAUGCUCUCCCGGUCCCACAGCAACUACCUCGCUCAGCUCUCAAUCAAUAACAUCGCUCAGGGAACCUACGUUAAUAAAGUCCUAAGCAAGAUCACGUUGCUUGCAUCCAUCCUUGUUCCUCUCAAUCUGGUCUGUGGUUUGUUCGGUAUGAAUGUUACUGUUCCAUGGGAGCAGAGUGGAUCUCUUGGUCCAUUCUUUGGAAUUUUUGGAUUCCUGAUUUUCUUCACUUGUGCGAGUCUCGGGUUGGCCAGGAGAAUGAGAUUUAUUUAG